AUGAAAGAUGAGUUUGCAGUGGUUGAGAAAAUCGUUCUAAGGGGACACCAAAUAGUAAUUCAUGAAUCUUUGCGAUAUAAGGCAGUAGAGUUGGCACAUGCAGGACACCAAGGUAUGGUGAAAACAAAAGCACUUGUACGAGAAAAAGUGUGGUUCCCUGGCAUUGAUAAAAUGGUAGAACAGCAAGUUAAAUACUGUUUGCCAUGCCAAGCAGCAGUAGCUACAAAUGCUGAACCACUGCAAAUGUCAGUAAUACCGCCAUCACCCUGGACUGAAGUGGCAAUUGAUUUUAAAGGACCACUUCCAAAUGGACAGUAUCUCCUUGUAGUGUAUGAUAUGUAUAGCAGAUUUCCAGAAGUUGAAAUGAGACAGGUUCUUGAGAGACUUAAACAGAGUGGUGCAACAUUAAAUGCACAGAAAUGUAAUUUUGGUAAGACAGAGGUCAAAUUUUAUGAACGUAUCUUCAAUGGUGAGGGUAUAGCAGGUGAUCCAAGGAAGAUAGGAUAUCUUCGGGAAGCUCCACAACCAUCAUCAUCCAGUGAAGCGAAAUCAUUGUUGGGACUAGCUCAAUAUCUAUCAAGGUUUAUUCUAGAUUAA